AUGGAUACGACAAAUGGCACGGAAAAGGACAAGAAUGGGAAAAAAGAUGAACAAAUAAAAAAGGAAAUGACACAGAGGAAAAUAAUGGGAGACACUGGAAAUAGAUUAACUGUAGAAGAAACUAGGAUGGUGCUAAACCCAAAACCAGUCAGGGAACUGAUGACAGCAUUUAGACCGGCGAGGACAUUAUCGAGAAGCCCGGUAAGGUAUAACGAUGAAAUAGCAAUGGCAAACGUAGAUCUCACGGGGGAUGAGGAAGAUGAAAACGAAAAUGUAUUCACGGACGCAAGUGACCGGAGUAAAGGGUCACAAACAGCAGUGAUAAAAGACCAUAAACAGACAAAAGAAGAAACUGAAAUAAAAUACGAAGAAACUACAGGAGGGGUGGGUCUGUCGCUCACGGCAAUUUGCCAAAUUAUCGAGAUGCUACAAAGAAGAAACGAAACGGUUAGCUGUUAUUUACAGAGGGUCAAAAAUGUCAAUCCAGACAUGAAACACAUCAGCGUAGACAUGGGUAAAGAGCUAGCGCAAGCGAAGGAGCUGGCUCGGGCAGCAGCAAAAGCAUAUCAGAAGGAAAAAUGUGAGGAAAUAGAAAGAACCAGACGAAUAGAGGAAAUAUAUAAGCAACAAAUAGAAAAUACAAGUAUAGAUAGAAGUAAACCAAAGAGUUAUGGGGAAGGAAAUAACGAAAAUUUAAACAAAAGAAAGAAUGUAACACCACCAGAACCAGAAAUAAGUAAAAAGAAGAGCAAGACAAAUGCAGUAAGUAAUAGAUUAGGACCCAUGAUAAGAAGCGUUCAAAUUAUCAGGGAAGCAAACGAUGAGGCAUCGUCAGACUCGGAUUGGAGUAUGAUAAACAGAAGAAGGAAAAGAACGGAUAAAAAAGAGAAGCUAAGUAGGGAAGAAACAGAGACAGGAGAGGACGAUAGGAAACUAAAUCAAAGAAGCACCAAACCUCCACCAAAAAGAGGAGAGGCUAUAACAAUCAAGGUUGGAAAAGGUAACACAUACGCGGAAGUUACAAAGUCCCUCAAAAACAAGAUGGGUAAUGACAUUGAGGGAGUAAAACGAAUAAGGGAAACAAGAACCGGAGACCUACUUGUAGAAUUUAAUGAGAAAACGGACAGCUCAGUGUUUAGAGACCAAGCAAUACAGGCACUAGGAGCCGGAGCGGAAGUGAGAAGACUGAUACCGAAAACAAAAAUAGAAAUACUAGAUAUAGAUCCGUCCGCCGAGGCGGAGGAAAUUAUUGGUGCCUUAGUAAGAGAUACGGGCAUAAGAGCGGAAGAUAUAUUCUGCAAAUCCCUACGUAAAGCGUACAUGGGUACACAGGUAGGGAUAAUCGAGGGGCCAAUAGACCUGCAGGAAAAAAUUAAGGAAAAUAAGAUCAGAAUCGGGAGAUGUGGAAAGGAGGGACAUAACAUGGCAGAAUGUAAUGCGGAAAAAUCGCAGUGCAGAUUAUGCAUUGCAAAAGGUUUAACGGGAAAUUCGGCUGCACAGGCUCUGCUGGAAAAAACGGUCCAGGAUACUGGAGCGGACAUAGUGAUAAUAUCAGAACAAAACAGGAGCAUGAAUUACUGGUAUGGGGAUACAAAGGGGGAUGCGGCGAUCUGGAUAACAGAUCUAGGAAUUAGGAAGGCUACCAAACUUAAUCUAGUAAAACAAGGUAAAGGGCUGGUCGCGAUAAAUUAUAAUGAGUACCUGAUUAUUAGUAAUUAUAUCUCACCGAACAUAGACAAUGAGGAACUGGACGAUAGACUGAAAGAGGUUAGAGAUAUAAUUAUAGCAAAAAAAUGGGCGGGUGUCUUGUGGGCAGGGGACCUGAACGCUAAGUCACCACUAUGGGGAGGAAACGCCUGGAACCCUAGAGGGAAGAAAGUAAUUAGGGAGAUCAUAAAUGCGGAACUAAUACCAGUUAUUACUGAAGGUGGAAAUACAUGCACGAGGGGAAAUGGGUCGAAAAUAGACAUUAUAAUUAUUAGCACGAAUUUAGAGGAUAAAAUGAGGGAAAGUAGGGUCCUAGGUACAUAUACAGGUUCGGACCACCAAUAUGUCUGGCAUAGGGUUGACCUCCAAACGACCAGGCCUGAAACAAAGAAAAAGAAAGAAAUUAAGAAAGACAUAGAUGCGAAACUAUUGAUAAAAAAGUUCCAGGAAAAAUACCAAGGAAAGGUAGAGGAGGGGUUUAAUGAACAAAUAAAUAUUAAUGAUAUUAAGAAAUUCGUAAGGGAACUAGAGGAUUUGUGCAAUAGUAGUAGGAAAAAUAGAGGGAAAUCGAUAAAUAGGAAACCGGUCUACUGGUGGAAUGAGGAAAUCGCGAAUCUAAGGAAAAUAACAAAUAAAAAUAGGAGAAAAUUAACUAGAAGUAGAAAGAAGGGGAAUGUUGAGGCGAUAAAGAGAGUAGAGGAAAAAUAUAAAGAAGCCAAGAAGUCGCUGAAACGAGAAAUUGGUAGGGCGAAAAAAGAGGUUUGGGAAAAGUUCAUUGAUUCAGUGGAUCGGGAUAUUUGGGGCAAACCAUACAAGGCGGUGAUAAGGCAAAUAAAACCGGAACCUCCGCCAGUGGUACUGAACUUAGAACAAACUAGAGAAGUGAUAAAAGGGUUGUUCAUAAUGAAACAAUCUGGGAUAGAGGAAGGUAUGGCAGACGCGGGGCAUGAGGGGAAUAAUGUGAUGAAGGAACAGGAAUAUAAAUCACAAAAUAACAUGGAGGACUUAGAAAUAUCUACGGAUGAUGUAAUUAGGGCGGGAAAAAGAAUUAUGAUAAAGAAAGCACCAGGGCCGGAUGGCAUUCCAGCACUGGCUGCAAGAGUAAUAGGUAUUAAUGCUGCACGAUGGCUUCAACAAAUCUUUAAUAGCUGUCUGAAGAUAGGGUACUGGCCGGACCAAUGGAAGGAAACAAGACUCGUCUUACUUCCGAAGGGGAAAAAGAAAAUAGUAAAUAGUAUAAGAGGGGAGAAGAUAAACCCGUCUGACUACAGGCCGCUUUGCAUAGCGUCUAAUAUGGCAAAAAUUUUUGAACACGUCAUAAAAGACAAAUUAUUGGAGGAACUAGACAAGGAUGGCCUGUCAGAGAACCAAUAUGGGUUUAGGAAGGGGAGGAGCACUGUCCACGCAAUGGACACAGUUAUGGGACUAUGGGAUGGAGCUAAGAGGGAAGGCAGACACUGUCUGCUAAUAUUGCUAGACGUUAAAAAUGCCUUCAAUACCCUAAGGUGGCGAAGUAUAAUUGAAGCAAUGCGUAAGAAAAACUUCAAUCCGCAAAUGGUGGGACUCAUCCGAUCAUACCUAACAAAUAGAUGGCUUAUAGUAAAUACCUCGGAUGGCACCGAUAGAAUCCAAGUGUUUGGAGGAGUUCCACAGGGAUCGGUGAUCGGACCGUUCAUGUGGAACUUGGUGUACGAUGGGCUCCUUAAAAAGACAAUAAGAAGAGAUGUAUAUCUUAUUGCCUUCGCCGAUGAUGUGGGUAUUAUCAUCAUAGAAAAAGACCUCGAGACCAUCAAAAUAAUAGCAAAUGAAGUAAUGAAGGAUAUACUAACCUGGUUCCAGGGAGAAGGCCUAGAAUUAGCACCCCAGAAGUCAGAGUCAAUUCUGCUUACUGGAAGAAAAUGCGUAGAGGGCAUCCCUGUCAAAAUAAACGAAGAAGAGAUAAAAAUUAGUGAAAAAGCUAAAUACCUAGGGGUAAUUUUCGAAACGAACCAGGUGUUCAAAGAACACAUCAAGAACACCAUGGAUAGAGCGCUGAAGUAUGCGAUAUGUCUGGGGAUGCUACAAUCCAAUAUAAGAGGAGCCGAAAAUGUUGAGAAACCAAAUAACAGUAACAAAAAUAGCAGCACAUUAACCAUGAGCAUGUCCCGCGUAGCCGGACACUGGUAUCUUGGCAGGAACAUAAGCAGUCCAUAA